AUGGAUGCUUCUAAUAAUAUGAUGAUGCCAUCUUCGAUGGAUCCAAUGCAAUUUCAGCAGGGCCAGCAAAACCAGCAGGGCCAGCAGGGCCAGAACCAGCAAAACCAGCAUAUGCAGCAUUCUCCCAUCACCCAACAGUCGCCGCACGCGUCGCUGAUGCACAAUGGGAACUCUCGACACCCAUCGCCAGGGUUCCAGGCUCCAUCUUAUCAUGUGAAUUCAGUGGUUCCUCUCAAGAGAGCGCGACCGCGCGAGGAUUCUGUCAAUUUAUCACCACGUCAAACUCCAGGUGUUUUGCCGGGUUCUCGUUCUCAAACCCCACAGAGCGGCGUCGGACAAGUUCCCAGCAACCAGGUGUAUCAUCUUUACGGAGCUGGAAACCCAAAUGUACCUCAGAGGCCUCUUAGUGCAACCCCUUCUUUUAUUCCACAGCUCAGCCAAGGUGCUCCGAAUAAUGGUACGCCAUCACCUAUCAUGCAGAGCCAAGUUUACAAAACACCGAAUUCGAGUAGCGUUGCUGGCCCCGGUCAGCCUCCUCCGCCUAAGCGGAUGGCUACUCAAUCCCCGAGUCCAUUCUCACCAGCUAACCAACAGCACAUGUUCAUUCAACAAGGAUCCCCAACCUCUGAGCACAGCGUUACUCGUAGCGUUACUCCUCACGGGUUCCCUCAACAGCCACAACCGAAUUCUGGCUUCACAAUGCAAGGCCAGCGCGCUUUCUCGCCUCCGAAUGGGAUGAAUCAGGCAAUGAAUAUGCCCCAGAAUUUCCAACCUAACCCGGGAGCCCAAGCGAUGUACAAUCAGAUACAGAGACAACAGCAGCAAAAAAUGAUGCAACAGUCAACUCAAAUACAGGGGCAGAAUCCAAUGAUACAACACCAUGGAAGAAAUAUCACCGUCUCGACAUUACCUGGGUCCCAUCCAAACCCGAAUACCAAAAUAACAGGACGCGGUGGCCCGAAUCCUGAUCAAUUCGCGAGAUCCCUGCAGGAUUUUAUGCAGAAACGAGGCACACCUAUUACAAGUCUCGCCGUCCUCUUGGGAGACCGUCAAAUCCACUUGUUUUCUCUGUAUUUACUUGUCCAACGGUUUGGCGGCCAUCGGAGCAUAACAGCAACAAAUCAAUGGCAUUCUGUCGCACAGAGCUUACAGCUGAACACAGAGUUGCAUUCCGGUGUUGUCGAGCAAUUAGCCCAAGUCUACCAGAACAAUUUGGCACCGUUUGAGGAUGCAUACCGGAAAAGUACUCAGGCCCAACAUAAUCUGCCAAUGCAAGCUUUGAAUGCAAAUCCAGUUCCACACUUAGGGAUGGGAAAGCAGCCCCAAGGAACUUCUCAAAGCCCAGCUAAACAGCCUUCCCAGGAAACCAGUACAAGCAACUUUCAAACGCCCUCACCAGGUGCCUUUCAGAACCAAAAUUCCCAGUUCCAAGGCGGCUUACCCGGGAAUAAGAGUAUCCCACCCGCUCCCACCCAUUCAGCAUACCCCCCCACAACCGUAUCGGGUGCCACCCAGUUUAAUCACCCCCAAAUUGCGACCAAAAGCCAACAACUCCAACCAGCCCCUGCAGGACAACCCCAGCCACCCGAUAUCGCUCAGCCUGCUGGGGCUCCAACUCGGGAGAAACAUAACCUUCACUUUAAUCCAAAAGUACGCGGGCUGGAUACGCAUGGUGGCGUUGAUGUUGCAGUCUUGAGCGGCAUUGGGGCAGAGAUCGUGCACCUACGCCCCACCGUCCCAACCUUCAACGAACUAGGGAUAAUCGAUGUCCAUGCUCUGACUAUGAGUUUAAAGUCAGGGCUACAGGCAGAGAUCAGGUUGGCAUUGGAUACUCUUGUAACAGUCUCCGUUGAGUCACAGUGGUCCUUGUCCCUGAAAAGCUGUGAAGACCUGGUAGAGACCCUUGUAGAUGUGGCGGAAUCAGAAGUCUCGUUAUUGAGGGACAAUGUUGUGGUGCUGGACAUCGAGCCUUCUUUCCCGCCCUAUGAAGAGGUUCUUCGGGGCUGUCGGCAAGAAGCAAACACUCUACUCGCUGUGCCAAAGGUUGGGAGCUGUUCGUACGAGCUGGAUAGAGCCGCUGACAGGCUUAUUGCUAUAACAACGAUCUUCCGCAACCUGUCAUUCUUCGAAUCCAACCAUGACCCUUUAGCAGAAAGAGGUGUCAUAAAGUUCGUCGCUAGCAUCAUUGAUGUAAUAUGCCGAACGAAGCUGCUGCUCCGGUCAAACAAUAAUACGCUUGACUUCAUGAAGGACAUGAUAAUAUUUCUCUCCAACCUUUCGCAGUCAAUCAUUCUACCUGGGAAGCAGGAGGCACUCGGGCUCUUGAGGUUUAUUCUAUCAUUUGCACCACAACCGAGCCCAUAUUCCUCGGGAAGACCUCUGCCCAUGUUUGCGUCUUAUCACCCAUCAAUACAUCGUUAUUUGCCCCCGGCAGUUGAUAGCUUAGCGAAGCUUCUAGUUCGGGAUGAUCCUAAUCGGGGUUACUUCAAGGAGCUUUUUACUUCGGAGCCAGUCACGGAACGACCUUGGGAUCUUUUAACACGUUCAUUUGCUCUAGCUAUAUCCCCCAUUCCCGUGGCCGACAACGUGCGUAUGAUGUUACCUCAGGCAGUCGAGGCCCGAAAGCCUUAUCUAGAACAAGGCAUGCUUGCAGCAGAGAUACUCUCUGGAAUUGCUGCCAAAGAAGAUUCUCACCUUGCGCUGUCGUGGCUGUCGUCAGAAGACGGCUUUUCACAUAGUCUUGUUCGCUUGGUAUAUUUUUUGUGCACCCAACAACAAGUUGCGAGGCCUAUAAAUGGUCGAGGGCCGUCGUAUCAGGACGAUGGACAACCUUUCGCUCGCAUCAUUCAGCGAGGAGCGACUGUACUUCGCAACCUUUCUUUGACUUCGGCAGAUGGCUAUAAUUUCGAUGGUCUAUUAGGCUCGAUUGAAUCAUUAAAUCUACUAGAUACGGAGGCGGAUUGUCUUAAGAACAUGUUUCUGGCCGGAAUGGCAUCUAAAAAGGAAAUCUUGUUCGGGGCAAUGAUGAACCAAAACGUCGAUGCUAGGGCUCUUGGUUAUAUGUGUGAAUUCAGCGGUUUCGCGGGGAAUGUGGAUAGUGAUGAGGUUUACUAG